AUGGCCGACUCUUCCUCCCCAGGCCCUACUUCCACUCGCACUACCAAUCCCUCAUCCACAACUACCCCCAAAUCACCUUCCAAGCCCCCAUCCCCUACUCCCCCAACUGCAUCUGCUCCCGCAGCAGCAUCUACACCCAAACCUCCUUCUCCCACCCCAACCCCAACUAACAUUCCCCUCCCAACCAGCAACACCCCCACCGGCAACCGCCGCAACAACCGCGCCGAAGAAGAAGCCGCCGGCGCCGCCAGCGCCAUCCUCCCCAACGAAGGCAUGAAGGCCCCCGGCUUGACGGCCAAUAAGGAAGAGAAAUCCAACCUCAAGAUCAGCAUUCACUUGAACUUGCAUGCCAAGGUGAAGUUGGAUUUGGAUGCGCAGCUGUAUGGUGAUAUUGUUAUUGGGUUGUUGUAA